AUAUCAAUUAUUUAUUAUCGUCCAGACAUCCACUCGUAUUCUAUAAUUAUUUAGUGUAAGAGACAGUUAUAAACUUGUGAGGUGUAUUUAAAUGCAUAUUUUGGUAAUAUUUUUCUUGUUUUUCCUUGAAGAACAAAAAGCGUCUGUGAUACGACAUGAUUUGGUAUGCACGGAUUUCAUAUCGUAUCGAAAUGCCAACAAUAACACCAAAUGUUUCUACAAUCCGGAUUUGGAUUCCACACCAGAAAUAUUGAAUGAUAGAUAUGGAUUUGAUUUGAAAAAGCACACUGUUACUACAGAAGAUGGGUAUAUCCUAACAAUUUUUCAAUUAAGCUUGCAACAUGAUAACAAAAAUCAAAAAUCACCAGUGAUAUUACAACACGGAGUAUUAGUAGAUGGUAGAUCUUGGUUUAUUUCUGGUCAGAAUUCAUUAGCAUUUGUAAUAGCAAGGAAUGGUUUUGAUCUGUGGAUUCCAAACUUUAGGGGGACUAAAUAUUCAAAAAUGCACUUAAAUUCAUCAAUAAGUCAAGAGGAGUAUUGGAAUUUUAGCUUUCACGAAAUGGGUUUGUACGAUUUGCCAGCAAUAAUAGAAUAUAUUUCUAAUAGUACAAAUCGUAAGGAUAUUCUUUAUAUAGGACAUUCAAUGGGAUGCUCCGCCUUCAUGGUUUAUUCAUCCCUGAAAAUGGAUCAUGCACAAAAUCAUAUAAAGGGAGCACUGUACUUAGCACCCGUAGUUUAUUUCGAUAAUCCUCCACCAGUAUUACGAGUAAUACUUCCUUUUACUAAUUUAAUUAAGAACACCCUCAAUUUGCUUCACAUAUAUGCUAUAGGACCAGAAAGCAAAAACUUAUUAAAGGGCUUCAACUGUUCAAGUUACCCUAGCGUUGUCGCAUGUCAGUUUGGACUAGCAAUUGUAAGUGGAUUUGUAGCCGAACAAGUUAGACCAGAGCUGCUGCCGCUGAUUAUGAAGUAUUUUCCCACAGGAUUAUCUUUAAAAACUUUAGUACAUUUUGCUCAAAUAAUUAUUAAUCACGGUAGAUUCCAACAAUACGAUUAUGGAAAAAUUGAAAAUAUGGAAAAGUACAAAUCUGAGCUACCGCCAAAUUAUGAAAUAGAAAAAAUUAAGACACCCAUCUACAUUUUUGCAGGUGCACAAGAUCUUCUAUCUGAAAUAAGAGAUGUGAAUAAAUUAUAUCGGCAUAUUAGAGCACCAAAGAAGAUACGUAUCUACGAUCUUUCACAUGUGGAUUACAUAUAUGGAAAAAAUGUUACCAAAGUGUACAAAGAUAUUUUAGACACACUCAAUUUUUUUGUGAAUGAUGACCACAAAAUAUAAAUAUAAAAAAUGGACUCUUUUAUUUUUAUGAAAACGUACAAACUGAACCCAGAAUUAAUAAGUAGUAUCUAACUAUAGAUAAAUGUUAACCAUCAGCUUUCAAAUAAUAUUUUA